AUGAACAGCACACCAGUGAGGGAAUUCAUACUUUUGGGCUUUACAGACAAUCAUAAGCUUCAAGUCAUACUUUCCCUCAUACUGAUGGUUACAUAUAUUUUGACUAUAUCAGGGAACGUGGUAAUCAUUGUGAUCACGCUGUCCAGUCACCAUCUCCACACUCCAAUGUAUUUCUUCCUCCGAAAUUUUGCUCUAUUGGAGAUUGCAUUCACCACUUCCAUCAUUCCCAAAGCACUGGCCAACUUGGCCACGGGACAGAAGACGAUCUCCAUCAGUGGCUGCUUCACGCAAUGCUUUCUGUAUUUUACCCUGGGGACAACGGAAUUCUUUCUGCUGGCGGUCAUGUCGUUUGACAGAUAUGUGGCCAUCUGCCACCCUCUUCGUUACUCCACCAUAAUGAGUGGCCAACUAUGCUCACUGCUGGUAGGUUGCUCUUGGGUCGGGGGCUUGUUGCUAAUCCUGGGUCCAGCAAUUGCCUUAUUUCAGGCGCCGUUUUGUGGGCCAAACACUUUGAACCAUUUUUUCUGCGACAACGGACCACUGAUAAAACUUGCCUGUGUAGACACAAUUCUGCUGGAACUCAUGGAUUUCUUCAUUGCCACUCUCUCACUCAUUGGGACUUUGGCAGUAACUGUCAUCUCUUAUGCCAACAUUAUUUCUAGCAUCGUGUCCAUCCCGUCGACCCAAGAGAGGCAGAAAGCCUUCUCCACUUGCUCCUCCCAUAUUAUCGUUGUCUCCUUGUUCUACGGUAGCUGCAUCUUCAUGUACGUGAGGCCUUCCCAAAGUGAAGGGUUUGAUUUCAAUAAAGGAGUCUCCAUUCUAAACACUUUAUUGAAUGAUCUGGUGACCCCCUAUAUCUACACUCUCAGAAACAAGCAAGUACACAAAGCUCUCAGAGAUGCCAAAAGAAAGAUUUGUAUUAGGAAUUGGUGA